UCUUAACCGCGGACUUACAGUUUACUCUCAAAAAUCAAAACAAUCAAAAAUUCAAAAUUCAAAACAUUACCAUCCGGCCAUAGAGGCAUAGAAUAUAGAAUAUAGUCCGGCAUUCCGACGUUGUUCGUAGUGUUUGCUGCAUAUUUAUUUUUUUUUAAUGAUUUUAUUAUAAACUGACACACAUCUGAUGAAUCUGAUGUACACUGUACGGUUGUACCUUAGUAAUAAUAACUAGCAGUUCGUAAUAGUUGUAGGUCUAUCUAAUGUUAUACUUAUUGGGACUUAUCUCAUACCUAAAUAACAGGACCUGUACCUAAACAGCUUUUACCCACUAAACUGUUUUAAUCGAAAAAUAAAAUAAUUUUUACGCAGCAGUAAUUAUGGAUGCAGAAGUGGAUUCUGCUUGGAUAUGUACACAAGCCGUCGUAAGUACUGACAGUCAAUCGGACAAUGAACAAGAAAAAAUUAACAAUUAUGGCUGCAUUUUCCUAAAUGAUAUGAUUGACAAUGGACGUUAUGUGCUGAAAGAAGGUGAUAAUACAAUUGGACGACAUCCUUUAAAUCAUAUAUACAUUGAUCAUCCGUCAGUAUCGAUGAACCAUGCUGUUAUUCAAUGUGAUUCUGAUGGUGUUGUUCUGUUAGAUAAAGGAAGUUUAAAUAAAACUAAACUUAAUAAGAAAACCUUGAGGAAAGAUGUUGCUUAUUUUCUUGAAGAAAAUGCUUUAUUGGUGUUUGGAGAAGUCCGAGCUAAUUAUUGUAUGAAUGAAGAAUCUAAUGAAUUCACAAAUGAUACCAAAUCAAGGGCACCUCAUAACACUUCUGUUGACGAAAAAACUCAAAAUGAUGGGCUUUCCUUAUCAAAAUUGUCUAAUGCUGCCAUUACUCCCAAAUCUGUUAGUACUGACAUACCUAAUGUAAUUACUGAUUGUAAUUUAUCAUUAGUAAUUGAAAAUAGUUCUUCAUGCAAGAUAGAAAAAGAAGUUCCCAAAACCGUUAUUGGAACUGAAUGUGCUAUGAAUACUAUUAAUGAUAUACACACACAAUUAAAUUCUUCUAGUCCAAGUGAUGAAUAUUUAUUAGAGACUCUUAGCCAAGUAGAAGCAAAACAAAAUUCUAAUGGAAUUUUUCACAAUUUAUCAAAUGAAGAUACUACUGUAAUGAAUCUAACAGAAUCUGUUCCCGAGAUAACACAAGAAGAUUGUCCCAGUCCUGUAAUGGAUCUUAAGAGUUCUAUUUUAACUACAAGCAAUGUAGCGAACAAUCAAUUUGUAUCACCUAACAAAAUUAAUACAGAAGCGAUGCGAGAAGAUACUCCUAGCCCCGUAAUGGAUCUUAAAAAUUCCAUUAUAACUACAAACAAUAUAUCAACAAUUAUGUUUCAGUCUCCCAGCCAAAUAAAAACAAAAUUAAACAGAGAAGAUACUCCUAGUCCAAUAAUGGAUUUGGGAUGUUAUGAUGAUUUUGGAAAUAACCUUGAAACCAUUAAUUAUGGUAUUUCAGCCAUUCAGUCUCCAAAUAAAGUCGAUGAAUUUGACAAUACUCAGGUUCUGGAAAUUGAUAACAAUAUUGUAGAAUUGUACACAAAGACCUCAAACAAUGAUGAUAUUUUAUUUUACAAAGCCCAGAAAGUUAAAUCUAGUAAACAAUCAAAUACUCAAAUUCAAAAUUCUUCAGACAUUCAGAGUAAUGACAAUUUAUCAAAUUCAAAAAAUAUUAACUUAGAUACAAAAUGCAAUGAAAAACCAACAAAACACUUUUGUAGAAAAAAUGAAAUUCAAAAUGAUAAUUUUAAUAGUGAUACUUCCCAAAAUACAUCCAUGCUAACAUCUUUUCGUUUAAUAACAGCCACUGAUGGUCAUAAUAAUGAUGAACAUAAAAGAAUUAUUAAUACUUUUGAAGCAGAUGAUGAUGAAGUAUUUAGAAAUUUUAUUGAAAAUGAAUGUAAAUCUCAGCAACAUGAUUUGGCAAAACUAGAAAAUCAAGAUUUUUUUAACUGCCCCACUCAAAAGAUAUCAAUUAAUAAAAAUAGAAAUAUAAAAUCAAAAUUAAGUUCUUCAGUACAUGAUGAAGAAACACACAAACCUCCAGAGUUCAAACAACCUAAUAAAAUGAAUACUAUUACUUCUAAGAUCUAUACCACCAGUAUACAAGAAGAAAACAUUCAGAUUCCUGAAAUAGAAGAUGAUUUUUUCAACUGUCCUACUCAAAAAUUACCAAUUACUAAAAAGAUACAACCAGAACCAAAGGUACCUUCUUCCAUAUAUGAAGAAGAAACGCAAAUACCUUUGGAGCUUAAAAAACUCAAUAAAAUAGAUACUAUUACUUCUAAGAACUAUAACACCAAUAUACACGAAGAAAACACUCAGAUUCCUGAAAUGGAUGAUGAUUUUUUCAACUGUCCUACUCAAAAACUAUCAAUUUCAAAAAUAAUACCACCAAAACCAAAAGUAUCUUCUUCCAUAUAUGAAGAAGAAACGCAAAUACCUUUGGAGCUUAAAAAACUCAAUAAAAUAGAUACUAUUACUUCUAAGAACUAUAACACCAAUAUACAUGAAGAAAACACUCAGAUUCCUGAAAUGGAUGAUGAUUUUUUCAACUGUCCUACUCAAAAAUUAUCAAUUUCAAAAAUAAUACCACCAAAACCAAAAGUAUCUUCUUCCAUACACGAAGAAGAAACGCAAAUACCUGUGGAGCUUAAAAAACUCAAUAAAAUAGAUACUAUUACUUCUAAGAACUAUAACACCAAUAUACAAGAAGACAACACUCAGAUUUCUGAAAUGGAUGAUGAUUUUUUCAACUGUCCUACUCAAAAAGUAUCAAUUUCAAAAAUAAUACCACCAAAACCAAAAGUAUCUUCUUCCAUACACGAAGAAGAAACGCAAAUACCUGUGGAGCUUAAAAAACUCAAUAAAAUAGAUACUAUUACUUCUAAGAACUAUAACACCAAUAUACAAGAAGACAACACUCAGAUUUCUGAAAUGGAUGAUGAUUUUUUCAACUGUCCUACUCAAAAAGUAUCAAUUUCAAAAAUAAUACCACCAAAACCAAAAGUAUCUUCUUCCAUACACGAAGAAGAAACGCAAAUACCUGUGGAGCUUAAAAAACUCAAUAAAAUAGAUACUAUUACUUCUAAGAACUAUAACACCAAUAUACAAGAAGACAACACUCAGAUUUCUGAAAUGGAUGAUGAUUUUUUCAACUGUCCUACUCAAAAAGUAUCAAUUUCAAAAAUAAUACCACCAAAACCAAAAGUAUCUUCUUCCAUACACGAAGAAGAAACGCAAAUACCUGUGGAGCUUAAAAAACUCAAUAAAAUAGAUACUAUUACUUCUAAGAACUAUAACACCAAUAUACAAGAAGACAACACUCAGAUUUCUGAAAUGGAUGAUGAUUUUUUCAACUGUCCUACUCAAAAAGUAUCAAUUUCAAAAAUAAUACCACCAAAACCAAAAGUAUCUUCUUCCAUACACGAAGAAGAAACGCAAAUACCUGUGGAGCUUAAAAAACUCAAUAAAAUAGAUACUAUUACUUCUAAGAACUAUAACACCAAUAUACACGAAGAAAACACUCAGAUUCCUGAAAUGGAUGAUGAUUUUUUCAACUGUCCUACUCAAAAAUUAUCAAUUUCUAAAAAGAUACAACCAAUACUAAAAGUAUCUUCUUCCAUACACGAAGAGGAAACACAGAAACCUCUAGAAUUUUCACAAUUCGAUAAAACAAAUUACAUCACUUCCAACACCAUUAAUAUUCAACAGAAUAAAGGAAACAUUGUCAAUUGUACAACACAAAAAUGUCAGUCAAAUUCUAUUUCAAAUUGUUCUAUAAACAUUGAUGAAGAUGUCACCAUGAAUCCUGAAUAUUUUGAUGUAUCAAAUAAUCAUAAACAAAUUGUUGAACCUGUCAAAGAAGACAGAUGUAAGGUUCAAAAAUCAAAGUGUGUCAAAUCAACAAUUAAACUAUCAAAUGUCCAACUACCAGUUAAUUGUAAUGAAAAAUCAUCAAAUAGUUUAAAAAUUAAUAAACCCAAAAUUCGGGUUAGAGAAGAUUUACAUAUGUCCUGUUCUGGUGAUUCAAGCAAUAAUUUCCCAAACAUCCUAAAUAAACCUAAUGAAAAUGCUGUAUCAAAUAAUAUAAAUACUACAGUGCCUUUUGAUAAAAACUUUGAUUCGCCUGGUUGUUCAAAUACUACUACUAUAAAAAAAAAUGAUUUAAACGCAUCAUCAUCUACUAAGCAAAAACAUUUUACUGAUGAUUCUGUACAAUCUCAAGUAACUGUUUCCCUUAAAUAUAAACACCAAAUGAAACGAAUGGAUGAAUCCAUAUUUAGUCCAUUAAAUAUACCUGAUGUAAGUGCAAACUCAUUGUUAGAACAUCAUUCAUCUCCAAAAACCACUGAGAAUAAAUUAAAUACCUUAAACUGUGAACCAUCUACUUCUUGUAAUGAUGCUAUUAAAUGGAAAUCAUUUUGGAAUAAGAAAAAAGUGCAAAGUCAGGGUAAAGGAAUAAGUGAUAAACAAAAAAGUAUUAAAUUCGCUACCGAAGUUAAGGAAAAUAAAGAACGGUACCAGACAAGAGCAAUAACUAGAAAACGAAAGCAAAAUGGUGUUGUUGAAAGCAACAAAAAAAUAUGCAGCAGGAAUAAAAUAUUAGAACCAUUGGUUGAAAAUUCAUCAGAAAUUGUUGUUAGUUUUAGUUAUCUGAAGAGUCGUCACCUACAAGAAAUGAAACAAUUUGUUGACCAAACAGGUGGUACGGUUACAGAUGAGAUUACACAAUGUUCAGUAUUGGUAACAGACAAGAUACGGUGCACAAUGAAAAUACUGUCGGCAAUAGCCAGAGGAUGUCCAAUUGUCAAUGUCAAUUGGCUCAAACACUCUUACACUGUUAAAAUGUUUCAAGACUUUGACGAUUUUAUAAUUGUGGAUAAAGAUGCAGAAAGAAAAUACAAGUUUCAGUUAAAAGAAUCACUGGCCAAAGCCAAGGCCAAGAGACUCUUAGAUGGAUAUAAUGUAUUGGUUACUCCAUCAGUGAAACCUGGUCCCCAAGAAAUGAAAGUAAUCAUAACAUGUGCUGGCGGCAAUUAUGUCUUAAACUGGACAACGAAACAAUAUUCAAAGGAGUUGAUUGUGACGUGCGAUAAAGACCGUACUCGAUGGAAGUCAGCAUGGGAUAAUGAAUUCGCCAAAAUAAUUGACAGCGACACCCUUGUAAUGUCCAUUAUUAGACAAAAAUUGACUAUUUAAUGAUGAUGUUAUAGGUUACUUCUUAUUAAAAGCUGUAUAAAAUGAAAUGUGUAAAGUCACUUGUUAAUCUUCUCAAAAUAAAUAUGAUCUUAUAUUAUAUUUCAACCAAUUUCAUCGGUACUAGUGAAAUCUCUUUAUAGUCGACAUUCAUAAGAAAUUUAAAAAUGUCCACUAUAGGGAUGUGCUCCAGAUAAAAAUUUUAAUGUACAAAACUCAUGAACAUAUAAACAAAAAGUUGUACAAGAUCAAAAGAGAUUAAAAUGUAUACUUUUUGUAAUUUAUAAAAGUUGUUAUUAUUUAU